AUGGCCUCCCUAUCGGAUCCAGAUCCAGAGAAGCAGAAUACGGAAUCGCCAUGUCCAAAUGUGGAAAAAGGACCCAGCCAGGGCAGCCAAAGCCAACCCUCGGAGGCGCCCAGACGGCGAGGGUUUAAGGGUCAGAUCAUAGCACCCACGAUUUACGCCCACCCGAUUAAAGGGACCAUCGUAUAUGUUGGUACCCUGGUUUUGUUCUACAAAGGCUGCAGAUAUCGCGGAGGAGAUAAAAAGACUUGUCGGAUUGAAACCAACCUGUUUCGAGACCUUAUUUUUAUUGUUCUCAUGGCCCUCAUCGGAUGGGAUAUUCUGAUGAAACGGAGGGCACAGAGAAGAAUUCCACAAACUGCCUAA